CAUGCAUACGUGUAUCGAUAUCGCUGCUGCUUCUCUGAGUCUUCACCGGCGUUUAAAAACCCAAAUUUCUCAUAUCUGAAUCUGGGUUUUUCAAAAGGAUUAGGGCAUUUCUUCAUUGAUAUGGUUCAGAAAUGUUAGCUCUGUAUCCUUCGGGAACUAUCGACAAAUUCCAAAUUCGUUUUUGCGGUUUCAAAACCACGGUUUUUGGUCCUUUGAUUAACUCUUCUGUGUCUCCAAGUUUAAGAGUUGCUUGGAGCAAUGUAGAGAGUUAUCAUUCAUCAUUCUCUCCAAAAGGCCAAAUUCAUCAUCUAAGGAAAUGGAUGUUUUGUCGCUCCCGCAGCAGCUCGGAUGAUGAGUACCGUUCAUCACGCAACAUAGCUUUAAGUCUGUUAAGACGUUAUAGGACCGUGAUUGAACGUGGUGAAGGAGAAACCUUAAAAGAAUUCAUUUCCGCUGGUGUGAAUGCAUACUCGCUCGGUUGCACAGAUGAAGAUUUGAGAAAAGAACUAAUUGCUAUGAAAGAAUCAGGAUUAGAGCUUGAACGAAUGGAGAGUUACCAUGGAAGCACACAGACUAAAUCCAAGAUUUCGCUGUCCGAGGUAGAUGAAUGCAUAUUGUGGCUUAGCAUUGUAUUCAUCACGAUCUUGUGUACUCCACAACCUACAGUCGUGAGAUGGUCAUCGACUUCUUCGGUUUCCGAUGAAAUUCUAAGCAAAUGGAGAGGCUUUUGCGCGGUUAUAGCCAAUGCAUACUUUAUUAGAGGAAUGGCAUGGCUGCCAGUGAAGACCCUUCAGUUGGAGCAGAUGGCGGUUACAGGACAAGCGGAGGAGCCAUCGGUUGUGGCCAGCCGAAUGCGACUGGUCUUUAGCACCCUCGAGGUAGUGAGUCCUCAAUGGCCACGGGUUUAAAUAUGAUCUUCUGCAUACUGCAAUAUACGAACUAUAAGGUAUCUUUGUUUUGUUCUUUGAAUCUUAUCUUUGCCAAGAUUUUUCUAUCGUUUUGUUAACCUGAUAUUGUAAAUUUCUAUAGUUUAUCGAAUUUACGAUAUUGUAAAAUUUCUCCCUGUUAAAACAUGAUGUUCUUCAUCA